UAACGCUAAAAGGACUCAAUAUGACAACGCUAGUCUGUGCUUGUCUUUAUCUGAGCUUUAUAGCGAUCUCGUGUUAAUAGUGUAGGUGGUGGAAAAGCCAGCCGCCGCAGUUUAGCGCGGUUAGCAUGUUUGCUAGCUUCGUAAACGUCCGCUCUAUAUUUAUUUAUUCGCUUCAAUACUUCACGCGUGACCAGAAACGCAUGGGAAUCAUCGUCGCACGCUUACCAAUAGCAUAUUUAUAAAUAAAAUGUUAAUAUUUUCCGUUAGCAACUAAUCGCUUGUUAGCUGACGUGUUAGCUGUGCCGGGGUUUGCUUGCUAAAACAAGCCCAUCGGUUUGUUUAAGACAAUCGGCUUUUCGUGGAUGUUGUACGUGCUACGUUUUUUUUUUUUUUUUUUUACAGUUUAAAUUAAAAUAAAUAAUUAGAUGCUACUUUGAAAGUCAUUUUGCUGCGAAAAGUAAUAAUGACGCGUUUAAUGAAGGUCGAAAGUUUAUUAAUUAGAGGUUUUGUGUGCGAGGUUCGUUAACAUGAAGAUCUAUUUUUGUAUGAAUAAAAUAAACGUAACUAUUAAAAACCAUUGGUUUCGAAACGCUUCGUGCUCACGUGGUGUCCUCCUAUGACGCCAUCGGGAUUUAGAACGUUUGGAAGCUGUUAGAUGAAAAACUUGAUCUGACUGAGGCAUCAGUUUUCACUUGUACACAGCUUUUGCGAGCUUCAUACAGUGAUAAGAAAAUGUCAAAAUUCUUCAAGUGGUCCUCAAGUGAGGAUAACUUCAAACAAGGAGAUCUCAGCUGGUCAUUGCUAGUGAGCAAUUUGCACCCACUUGUGCAUGAAGGAGUGCUGCAUAAGAUAUUCAGCCCGUUCGGACCCAUUUGUUCUCUGCGGGUGUUCAAAAGUGUAAAUAACAUCCAUUGCGGAUAUGCUUUCGUUACUUUUGAACAUCUCAACGAUGCAAGAGAUGCUCUAGAGGCUCUGGAUUGUUUGGAGCUUAUGGACAGACAACAGAUGCGUGUCAGUUGGGCCGACCACUUAUCGUUUACGAUCCUAGCGAGGCGCGCUGACGUUGCUGAUUUAUGUGAAGUCUUGUCAUACUUCGGUCAAUUCCCUCCGCGCAGAGUGCAAGAAAACGGCAGCUUUGGCUCGGAUGACCCCGAGGAGAGCGACCCUCGCGCGCCGAAGUCAUUGAUUGCAAGUAACCUGCUGCUCGGAGUGAGCGAACGAGAGUUGCUGGAAGCAUUCAGCCCAUUCGGACCCAUCUCCUCUGUGCAUGUGUGCAGAAAUGAGUUAACCCGGGUCUCUUGCGGAUACGGUUUUAUUACCUUCAAACACCGACGUGAUGCAGAAAGGGCUCUGGAGGCUCUGAAUUUUUCAGAGCUCUUUGGCAAAACGAUGUGCAUCUCGUUUGUCCAAGACGCAACCGUGGAGGCCGUAAUGAGGAGCAGCAGCCCUCAAGCCGAAGUCACAGACGAAAACCGACCUGAGCCCGUCGAGCAGUCGCUUGGAAGAAAGCUAGUAAAUUCGGCGAAAAAGGCAUUAAUAGGAGUUUUGAAAAAGCCGGAAACCUGGUUUUGCGUCGCUUUUGUGGCCGUGGUAUGCCUGACGGAGGAAAAAUAAUUCCCAUUCAGCCUUGCUGAUGAUGGACGAAAAAAGCAAUAGAAAAAAAAGAAAAAAAAAAGAAAAUGUGCACAAUAUAGAGGGUACAGAGACUGAAGGGACCGGACCAGAGUUGCUUAACUAAUUUGCUGACAAGUGAGCGAAGAAGAGCUGGAGAAAUUGGAUGGAAACAGAAGAAAUGGUUCAAAUACCAAAUUGUGGCAUCGAUGAUGGCGAUACAGCAGAGGAAUCCCACCUCUCUGAGAUACCAUGAAGAAAAAAAUCACAAAAACGAACCCUCCUACCCGUCCACAGUGCAAACAAAGACCUACAAAACAAGCAGCAUUGAUGGAAACUGUGACCUACAGUCCUGUGGCCCCCUUGGUAUCCAAAAAGAUAAAUAAAAAUGUCAAAUAAUAAUAGUGCAAAAUCCGUUUUUUUGUGCGCGACCGCUCAUAGAAGCGCAUCCAUUUGAAUGUAGCCUAGAUGUUGUCCACGAUGUCAUUACGAAACGUAAUAAUGCUGAGAAAAACAAC